AUGCCGGCCACCGAUACCACUUUCGAAAGCUCGCUCGCGCUGCAACGCCUCGCGUUGGCGUCGCUGUCUCAGACCGAGAGCUCCGCUACUGACUCGACUCGAGCCAAGCCGUCGACCCCGACGGCGCACCGCUGCACGGAGCCCGGCUGCGCGCCACUUCAACCGCAAACCCACUCAGGCGAGAAGCCGCACGUCUGCCCCGUCAGGACGUGCGGGAAGCGCUUCAGCACGUCCGGGAACCUGUCGCGCCACAAGCGCCUGCACGGGUACAUCGAGCCGCUCGAGUGCCCCGUGGAGGGCUGUCUGAGCUCGUUCCCGAGCAACAACAAGCUCGAGAAGCACAUGAAGUUCCACCUCGGCAGCGCCGUCCAGGUGUGCACCAUCAACCACUGCGGCAAGACCUUCAGCACCACGGGCAACCUCAACCGCCACAUCAAGCACCAGCACCUGGACGACCUCCCGAGCGGCGCUAUGUCUCCGUCCCAGUUCAGUGCACCGAGCCCGACGAGCGCCGAGCAGCAGUCCAUGGCCUCGUACACUGCACUUCUGCUGGAGAGUAGCAUGGAGGUCUCCAAUCCGCCUGCCAUCGACGUCUCUGUCCUCCCGCAGCUCACCCCAGAGCAGUGCGAGAGCUUCCGGUUGCCGCCGCCCCAGGCUUCGACGACCUGGCACUCGGACGAGAUGGUCGACGCACUCACGGAGAUCUUCGACGAGGCUAUGUAG